CUCUUUAGGAUAGUUAUGGGUUCGUUUGAACGACUAUUGGUCCAGCAGCUCCUUGAGGCUGUCUCCUUUAAUCCAGAUAACCCCAGUAGCUGUGAGGAUCUCGAGCUUGACGAGCUUGAAGGUCUGUACUGUAAUUUCUUCAGAAUAAGUGUCACGGGCUUCCUCGAGUUUGAACAUAUUUCGGCUAGAGUAUUCAUUUCCGAAUUGAAGGAAGAUGGUUCUAAUAAGUUGAUGUUCUCUGCGUAUGAGAACCAGUAUACCCUAGUAGAUAUCGCCAUCAAAACAAUCGAGCGGCCUAAUCAUUGGCUCUGAGAGACGGCUGGGAUUUCCUUGGCGGACAUGUGUAGGAAAGUGAGAGACAGCCUUAAGACAAAAUAUCUGCCGUCGAGGUAUGAUCCGAUAGUGGCUGCAGAGCUGGAUAUUCGCGUAACAAGACCCCAUAAACCGUUGUCCCAAACAUCUAUAUCAUCAGUAGAUGAAGCUUCAGUAGCUGAAGCGCCGCUUGACUCUAACACACUAGAUCCUAAUCACUUCGGUACCUAUAUUUUUGAGAAUUGGGCUGGCCACUGCAAAUCGUUUUGUGGUGAUGGGCGGUUCACACAGCGGAUUUACCAAUUCAUUCAAGGGGCACGAUCUACUCUUGAAGCCUGGAUUUUCGAGGUUAGAGCGGUUUGCCUCGCAGUCACUCGAUUGAUUUACCAAAGCGAAGAAGUUGCGUGCAUAGAUCCGCUUCUUUGUGUGGCAAGUUUCAACUUCCCGUUUUUCCAUCAUGAUGUUAGCCAUCGGCUAGCUCUUUCGCUGGACCUUGGUGACACCACAGCCCAAAACUUACGGGGGUGGACAGUGUUCCAUAUUGCCUGCAGAUUGUCCAAUAGCCUCACCGUCGAAGGUCUACUUCAGUUUGAGCGUGCCAACCAGCGGCCCUGUCGCUCUCUUCUAUUCGUGGAAGAUUACGGAGGUAGUAUUCCCCUGCAAUAUUCGUCUCGGAACAAAAUCGUCAAGAUACUAUUGGAGUAUGAGAUGCUUGAAUCACACCGACCAGCCGACCGCAGCUUGCGCAUUAGCGAACUCAUGGAACACAGAGACAAAUUUGGCCAUACUCCACUGGAAACCAUAAUAGAGAAGUGCAGCGAUGAGUAUAUCGAGCAAUUGCUUACAGAAUAUCGCUUGGGACCCAAUCAGUCACGAUAUGAAAUCGUACGGCACGCGACAUGUUACCAGAAAAGAAAAGCGAUUCGAUGUCUCCUUAGAGCAGAUACCGACGCUGAGAAGAGCUCUGAAGAGCUACCUUGCUCCCCGCCCCUGUACGUAGCCAUACAGCAGGGCGACUUAGAAAUGGUGGAUCUCUUCCUUCAUUGGAAGAGGGGGACGAAGGGUAUACCGAAGAGUAUAUUGGAUCAUGAAGGGACACCCGUUUCUAUAGCAGCAACUACCGGAAGUACAAGUGUUGUCCAAUAUCUUCUUGAUCACGGAGAGGAAAUAAACGGGAUUGGGGGUCCUUGUGGAACAGCUCUGGGAAUGGCAGUCUGUGAAAACAAUAUGCAAAUGGUAGAAUUUCUACUCGCAAGGGGGGCAGAUGUCAACGCCAGAGGGAGUGACCAUGAAGCGCCCCUAGGGGUAGCCGCGUACCGGGGGAACGGAAAAAUGGCAAGGUUCCUUUUGAUAAUGGUGCGCAUAUAGAACUAUUGAGUGAAGGAUACCAGAACGCGACUGAAGCGGCAUUGAAAAU